AUGAAACAACACCCAAUUUCGGGCCUUAACAAUUCUUCACGUAGUAUUAGUAAUAAUAAUAAGAAUUUGAGAGCAUCACAACAACAACAGGGUGGGGAAAAUGAUUCAUACAAUCUUAAUAGGAGUGGAUUUAGUGCGCAUUUAGGAGGAGCAAAUAUUGUGAGAGGAGGUGCUAGUCUUUCAUCUUCGGGACGUAAUAAUUUAUCUUCAUAUUUUGAGGUGGACGAUGAUGAGGAAGAGGACUUGUUGAAUAAUUCUACCACAACGCCUCAACAACAAAACAAUGAAAAGAUGAUGGAGGAAAAUCUUGAAAUUGGAUCAUUGAAUACGAGUCAAAUAACAAGUACUGCCAGUAAUUAUUCAAACUAUCCACCAUUGGCCAACAAUUCAUUCAGUACUAAUCCUCCACUUGUGGAAUCAUUGAAAAACUCAAAGAAAGCAGCUUCACACCAGCAACAUGACAAGAUUUUGAAACACUUUUAUCAGGAGAGUGAUGAAGAAUCCAUUCCAGAACCGAGAGUUUAUUCUCCUCAACAACAAAAGCAACAACACUCAUCACCACAAGCUCCUCUUUCUCAAACACGGUCUGUCUCUUCAAAGACAUCUUCAAAGAAAAGUAGCAGUAACAAACACAACCCAAUGCUGGAACAUCAACCUCCUCAGCCAUUUCCAAUGUUUCCAAAUCCAUACCAAUUCUUUCCAAACUUUAAUUAUUACCCAUUCUUUCCACCGCAAUAUGGUGCCAAUAUGAAUGCAGACGCUAUUACGGAAAUGCAAAAACUCUACCCAAAUGUACAAGCCAGUAAUGAUACAUUCAUUACUGAAAAGUCGGUCGAAAGCUCCUCGUUCUUUGAGAAGGAUCAAUUGUUGGAUGUUUUAAUAUCGGAGAGUAAGCAAAUGAAGUCGGUAAUUGAGCAUCAAUCCGAAUUGAUUAAUGUAAUUUUAAAAAAGUUGGAUGAAGUGAAUGGAAAACUGGAUGUAUUAAAAGCCCAAAAUAGGGAUAAAACCAACCAGGUCAGUAAUACAAACUCCCCAAAUACAGCCUCUCUUAAAUCAUCCACAAGAUCCACAAGCAAACAACCAAUAGAUGAGACAGACCUUAAUAAUCACUCCAAGACCAGCAAUAGUAUGAUUAACAACACGAGCCACUAUCAAUUCCAUACUGAUAAUAGCAUUCUCAAGAAAUCACCUCCAGCCUCUCCUGUUAAACCUGCCACUGCAACAGUUUCAAAUAGCACUGAAUCGUUUAGGUAUGCAAAUUCAAUUCCUAGCCCUUCAAACUCUCCAAUCAAGCCAAUUUCAAAAAUCAGAGCCCUAACAAUACAAGGUUAUCAACCAACUCAUCUACCAAUCUAUAUGGCUAUUCUAGUCCACUUGUAG